AUGCCGAAGCCGAGAACGAAACGUCAAGCGAUUCGCGACGAGCGAAAGAAGAAGAGGAGGGAGGCUCCUGAAGAGAACCACGAGGCGAACCAAGACGAACGAUCAUCGAAACGCAGGCGGGUCCAGGAUGAGGAGCAGGAUGGGGAACAGCCCGCCUUCGAUGAUGCGAACGAGCAGGAGCACUCUUUCCGUGGCAAUGGCCCUGAGGUUGAAUUCUUCGGAAUGCUCGCCGAUGAAGAGCAGGAAUACUUCCGCCGCGCCGACGAGCUGCUCGAAUUGAACCAGUUCCCCUCCUCCGAGGAGCGCGACGUCUUCUUGCAAAAUGUAUACAAGGAGGCACGGGGCAAGGAAUUGAAAUUGGCCAGCAGUCAAUCGCUGUCACGACUUAUGGAGCGUCUCAUCAUUCUUUCCAACACGAGGCAGAAGAAGCAGAUCUUCAAUGCCUUUGCCGGCCAUUUCUUGUCCCUCGUCCAGCAUCGAUUUGCCAGUCAUUGUUGCGAGAAACUAUUCCUUGAAGCAGCACCCGUUGUGACACAAGAGCUGGGAGGAAUCGUUCCGGAACCGACGGGGCCAGACGAGAUGGACACCGAGGAGGAAAGCGAGCCGACACCGGAGAAUAACAUGGAGAACCUCUUCCUCCUAACCCUCGACGAGUUUGAACAACACAUGGGAUUCCUCCUAACGGACCGAUUCGGAUCACACACUCUACGCGUACUUUUGGUUGUUUUAUCCGGAAGACCGCUAGACGAUGCGGCUACCAAGUCGAUGCUGAAGAGUAAAAAGAAGGAGUACAUUUCGGUCCAGGGAGCAACAGCAACCUCUGACGAACUCAGCCGUCAGCUGAGGGCUGUUCCUGAAUCUUUCACUCUGGCCACCAAGAAAAUCAUUCAGGACGCUGUUGCUGGUAUGGACUUUACAGCUCUGCGUGUGCUCGCUAAGCACCCUACGGGCAACCCACUCCUCCAGCUUCUUCUCGAGCUCGACAUCUCCCUCAACCACAAGAGCGACAAGGAAUCCGCAGCAUCGACCAAGGACACCCUGCUGUACAGGCUGUUGCCCGACGCACCUCAAUCUCUCAGCGACGAGUCAUCGCAAGCGGCAGACUUUGUCAACAGCAUGGUGUACGACCAAAUUGGAUCUCGCCUUCUCGAAACACUUCUCACAAACUGCCCAGGCAAGAUCUUCAAAGCGCUCUCUCGCAACUUCUUUGGCGAGCGCAUUGCAACCUAUGUUCGCAACGACAUCGCCUCGUAUCCCGCCCUUCGUGUCUUGAACCGUGCCAGCAAGGACGACCUCGUGGAGGCCGUCAAGAAGAUCAUCCCCGCUGUCCCGCUCUUGGUGACGAAGGCUCGGUACAAUGUGCUCAAGACACUCUUUGAGCGUUGCGAGGCCCGUGGCGCGUACGAGGAGAAGAGCGCCCUCACCAGGGCGCUCACUGACGCGCUCGGCUCCAACCCCAAGGACGUGGUGCCGAAGCUGUGCCACUUGGUCGAGGAAGCGCCCGCUGAGGACGAGAAAUUCCAGCAAUCUGGCCCGCAAAACAAGACCGCCGUCGCCAACCACGGCUGUCAACUCGUAUCGUCCAUGCUGAAGACCCCCGGAAACCCCACCAAGGUCGCCCAGAAGUCUCUCAUUGCUACGUCCCCGGAUCUUCUCGUCAAACUCGCGACUACGUCAAUGGCGUCGAUGAGCGUCCUGACGACAGCCCUCGCGAGCCCCGCAGCCCCUCAAAACGAGUUCUUCCACAAGGCCCUCGUCGGCGCGCUCGCUCCGCACGCGGCAGAGCUCGCCCAGUCGCAGUUUGGUCACAACGUCAUUCUCGCCAUCAUCGACGUCCCCUCUCGCGGCAAGGAGCGGUCUAUCCCGUUCCAUGUCAAGCAGACCAUCAUCGGCUCGCUGGCGGAGCACGAGAGGGCACUGCGUGAUUCAUGGAUGGGCCGCAGCGUCUGGCGCACAUGGAAGGGCGACAUGUGGAAGACGAGACGGUCUGAUUGGGUCAAGUGGGCCAAGGAGGUGGACGGGCCGGCCGAGGAGACGAAGCUUAAGCCGUGGGAGAGGAGAAAGUUGGAUCAGCAAAAGGGGCUCCAGCCGAGAGAACCGGCUGCGGCGAGAGAAAAGGUUCAGGCAGAGGAGGAGUAA